CUGGGAGCACAGGUGGCAGCAAUUCCAAAAACCCGGUUCCAGCCCUCCCUGCCCUCAUUAAAGGGCUGGCUGCCCCAAGGGAAAGGUUUCUAUCUGGAGAUCCCUCCUUGGGGAGUGUUUGGUGAGCCCCAGGCCUUGGGACAGCCCAGUAUUUGCCACCGUCUUCCCUUUUGAAGCAUUUGGAAGCAGCAACUGAGAGUGGGCUUUAAGAAGACAGAACUUGGGGGCUGUUUCUGCCUCUGCCAUCAGCUCUUUUGUGCCUGUUUAUUUCAGUCGCAUAUGAUGUCUGCUCCUAGUGGCUUUCCUGCCCCAUCUGCACCACCUUCAUAUGAAGAGACAGUAGGAAUCAAUGUGAACUAUCCUCAUCCCUACCCUAUCCCAGAUCCUGGCCUCAGACCAGGUGGGAAGGGAGUGAACCCUCCCCAGUACCCAGAACAGCCCAUGCCAACAAGUAGCCCUGUUACAGUUCAGACGGUGUAUGUGCACCAACCAGUAGUGGUGUUCUAUGACCGCCCAGUUCAGAUGAGUUGCCCUUCCUGUAACCAGGUGAUCGUGACACGUCUCUGCUAUGAGCCAGGAGCAUUGACUUGGCUGUCAUGUGGUGGCCUCUGCCUGCUGGGGUGCAUAGCUGGCUGUUGCUUAAUUCCAUUUUGUGUUGAUGCUCUGAAAGAUGUGGAACACUUCUGUCCGAAUUGCAAUGCCCAUGUUGGUUCUUACAAACGUCUAUAGGCAGUGUGUAAGCACUAAGAGUUGGUUGGCACCUCUCUGAGCCCUUACUGAAGCUUAAUGGAGGCUUCAUAGUUUUUUUCCGUCCUGUCACUGGAAACCAAUAAAAAUUGAUGUUUGUUGCCAGAUUGUUUGAAUAAGAAUUUGCUAAGAAUUGAUGAUUCUGACUUAGGUCUUUUUAGGGCUCGAUGGACUGCUCAGUCCUGCACCAGGUGGUGGCUGCUAAUUGUUUGCCCCUUUCUGCCUUAUGCAAAACAGGUUGCUGAUGUUGGUCCAGUUAAUCUUAACUCAAUUGUGUUGCACACUCUUUGCUUGCUUUACAGUCUUGGCACAGACCACAAGGAGAAUGUCUGUAGAGGACUGCAUAGCCUCGUGCUUGGUGUUGAUGCUAGUGCAACAGCAAAGUUCACAAACUGGCAGGCAAUUGCUUGCCUCUCACGCAGGAGCCCCUCUGACGAAGGAAGCAAUUUGGUCCCCAGUGUUAUCAGUUGGGUACUUUUUUAUGAGCACUAAAAUUAACUUCAAAACUUUCUGUGAAAGACAAUCAAACUUAGAGGCUUCUUCCUUUUUGGAAGCUGCGUUACCAAAUGGGCAACUCAGGUUAUUGUGCAUCACUGGUGAUUGAAUGUAGUACCCGAAUUUCCUUGCUAAUUUUCAGUCUACUUGUAUCUUUACCUUGCAGUAGAGUUGCCUACUCAGAAAUUAUUAAUAGAUAUUUCUUCAUUUUUUUCUUUCUUACUGCUGAUUUAUUAGACUCAUUUUCCAAAUAAAAGGUAACUUCUGUUCUCAGAAACCUAAGCUGUAUGUGAUGGUGAACACAAAAAUUAAAGUGACACUGAAUGUUGAAGAAUUUAAAAAAUGGUAGACAUGGUCUGAAUAUCCUCUGAGUUCAUGUGGGUGACAGCUGUGUGGAGCCAGCAGCCAGGUGUAGGGGCAAAGCUGCGAUGCUGACGUUGUGUUCAUCUCUGUAAAGGCUACAAAUAAAUAUGGAUUUUAAAAUGCA